GACCCAAAGCACUGAGUUCCGACUUUCGAAUAAUAUUUUGGCUCUUAAUACAAAGUUACAAACAGCGACUGAGUGGUUGGAGGAACGAUGAAUAGUUCAUCCCCGGCUCAUUCAUCGAUAUCGACUACGGCGGUUGUAGGUGGUGGUGGAGGAGGAGGAGGAGGCGGCAGCAGCAACGCCGCCGUUUCCGUUGACGAUUUUAAUUUCCCGUGCAAUCCCAUCUCAACGCAAGAGCGAAAGGACGAGGCCAUGCGAGUUUUAAAAUCAGAUCUCAUGGCUGCACUUGACAAGGAGGUUAAAUCCUUGGAUGAUGAUAACUGGAAGUUUGAAGGACCUCGUUCUCGGAUCCAUCUUGUAUCACGUCGAGGUGGUGGUCAUCUCCAUAGGUGCACAGAAAUUUCAAAGAAUUGGAAUUUGGCUCCACCGAAAUAGUUGGAUUCUCACCUCAAAGCACUUUGCAUCUGUUUAUUAUCAAGUGAUUAUGGUUGUGAUCUUCUGAUAAGAACUGUUGUGCUGCAUUUCUUUUCCCCUGAUAGAAAACACUGCUGUUAUACUACAACUUCUGGCGAUCUGGAGGAGCAUGAUGGUUGCAAACAAAAGUUCCUUCCGUGCAACAUUUUUAGUCACAUUUUCCCUUGGUCUUUCUAGUCUGGGUAGCGAAGUUGGUAUACUUUGAUAUAUAUGCAGCCAGUUUAUUUUAAAUACGGUUCUGUACAAAAAGUUAUAUGAUUGAAAAUAAUCUAACAAUAUUUACCCAAAAAAAAAAAAAGGCAGACCUGGUGCACACUACGAGAACAGGGAUGAGGGACAAUUGUAUGCUGUCUUAUCU